GCUUGCUUUCCAAUCUGCUUCGACUGCCAGAGCUAUAAAUCCAGGGGCCCGUCGUUCCGUCUGAGGUCAGCCAUCGCACCGUGUCUGCCUCUUCACAUCUCCACUCCCUCCCUCUCUCCAACUCCCACUCCUCCACCAUGACCAUCCAGAAGAAGCUUGCCUGGGCCACCCUUGUCACCGCCGACGACUAUGUCAUCGGCGCUAAGGUCCUUCGCCACAGCCUCUCCAAGGUCGGCUCGCCCUACCCACUCGUCAUCAUGUACAGCGAAAGCGUCUCGCCUGAGGGCGUCCGCUCCCUCGCCGGCCUCGACAAUGUCAUCCUGCGUCUCGUCACGCCCCUGCUUGCCCAGCCUCACCAAAAGGUCAACUACGCCUUUGAGCGCUUCAAGGAGGUGUGGUCCAAGAUGAAGGCCUGGGAGCUCACCGACUUUGAAGUCGUCACCUUCCUGGACUCGGACAUGCUCGUCCUCCAGAACAUGGACGAGCUCUUUGACCUGCUCCCCGAGGACAAGCAGCUGGUUGCCUCGGCCGGCUGCUGCUGCAACCCGAUGAAGUUUGCUCACUACCCGAAGCACUGGAUCCCCGAGAACUGCCCGAUGCCCAAGCCCCUCGCCGAUCAGCGUUACUUCAACUCGGGCAUGUUUGUCUUCCGGCCUAGCCUCGAGACCAUGGACAGCAUCACCGAGCGCUUCCACAGCGAGACCGACCUGACGCGCUUCAUGUUUGCGGACCAGGACUUUCUGAAUGAGUUCUUUGCCGACUAUUCCGCCUCGCCGCUGCGAUACAAUGCCUUGCGCACGGCCAUGGUCCAUCACGCCGAUCUGUGGGACCCGGCCGACAUCAAGAACAUCCACUACGUCUUGAGCCCCAAGCCCUGGAAGUACGAUCUCGCCGACCCCAAGCAUCAGGACGACAUCUAUUAUCCGCUCUUCAAGAGCUGGUGGGAUGUCGCAGCCGAAUACGAGCCCGACUUUGUCUUCUCGCCCUAAAGCUACCAAGCCUUUAGCAGCUGGACUCGGUCUCCUACACACACUCAGCGCUCCAAUUGAAUCGAACAUUCCCCCUCCUACUCAAUACUAUACACACAACCGCAUACUAGAUUUAUCGGUACACACGGCAGUUCUGCAACGAUUGCGGUUGCUCGAACAGGCAAUGUCUGCGGCUCGUUUGAACCAGGCGCUCUCUAGUGCUGCCUUUGCAUGAUGGACUCAGUGUCUGACGUCGCCCGACACGAACUAUCAUCGCUCCGCAACCAAACCAGACAGGUCGUGUGAGCUGUCACGAUGGGCGGGGAUUGCUUUUAUCGCACUUUAGAAUGAACUGGGGACUCCAUGCAUUGUAGACGAUUUUCACGCCGUAUA